CAUUGAGCCUGAAUGUGAAACGCCAGGGUCCUGCUCAAAAGCGCGCCAGGAAUUGCGGAGCCGAGAAAACAGCGGAAAGUCAUUCUGCAGAGAAAUAUUGCUGCUGCUGCUUCCUCCCUCUGCACGUCCGGCCUGCACCCCGCUGCUCCUCCCUGCCGCUCUGCACAACAUGGCUGCCACCGCUCAGGACGAUGUCAACAUGCAGGUCGACACCGACACCACCAACGACGAGAUCCUGCUCGCUGCUACCAACCACGACCUCGAGGCUUUGAAAAAGUUGUUGCGGACGGGUUCUGCACGCAUUCAGGAUUCAGAGACCGGGUUUUCUCCCCUGCACGCGGCCAUUGCAGCAUGUGAGCCAGAUGAGGAGUCUAAAGAGGAGUCGGUGCCCGCGGGCGAUGCUGUCCACGGCAAUGCUCUGACCGAAGAGUCCGCCUUGGCUACCGUCCAACUUCUGUUUGAGAACGGUGCCAUUUGGAACGAGCUGGACAACAACGACGAGACUCCCGGCUGCUUGGCACUGAGACUCGGCCUGAAGAACGUCUACGAAGCUGUCGUGGCUGCUGGUGUGCGCGCCGAACUUCUCUUCAACAGGCUGGAUGAAUAUGCCCCGCUUCCAGAUGGAGGGGAAGACGAAGAGAUGGAAGAUGAGGAAAUCACCGGUUUCGAACCCAGCCCCGCAGACGUUCCCGAAGCGAACGGAAACGCAAAUGGUGAUGGCGCUGUCGGUGUUUCUGGAUUCGAGCCUGCACCAAAUCCUUCGACGAAGAUCGCCGACCAAGCUGCUGCGGGCGCCGCGCCAGAAAUCACACAGACCAACGAGGAUGGCGAGCUCUUGAACCCCAACGUCGAUAACCCAGCCUACCUCGCAUCGAAACUCACCUACUCCGAAGGCCGUCUCCUUGACUCGGACAAGAAUGCAGUGAUGAUGGACUGGGAGACUGAGAUCAUGAAAUGCUCUGCCGACCAACUGUGCCCGAAGAAGGGUCUGCGCACGAUGAACAUUGGUCACGGCAUGGGCAUCGUCGAUCGCAUGUUCAUGGAAAACGAACCGGAGAUGCACUACAUUGUCGAGGCACACCCCGAGGUCUUGCAGCACAUUCGCAACACAGGCUGGUAUGAGAAGAAGAACGUAAGAGUCUGUGAGGGAAGGUGGCAGGAUGUGCUACCCAAGCUCGUCGCAGAGGGAGUUGUGCUUGAUGGCAUGUACUACGACACCUAUGCUGAGGAUUACAAGGACCUGAAAGAGCUCUUCUCGGAAUACGUGAUCCAGCUGCUGGACAGCAAUGGCAAGUUCGGUUUCUACAACGGCCUGGGAGCGGAUCGCCAGAUCUGCUACGAUGUGUACACCAAGGUGGUUGAGAUCGAGUUGUUCGAUGCUGGUCUGGAUGUCGAAUGGACCACACUUCAGGUCCCUUCACUGGUUGGCGCGUGGGACGGCAUCCGUCGCCCUUACUGGACCGUGCCCGAAUAUCGCUUGCCGACAUGCAAGUUUAUCGGUCAAACAGCCGGAGCUCCCUGAGUGUGUGAUUAUGAUGAUGGCGCACCCUUGCCACCGUUCGCAGCCUGCUUCGGCCUCUGCGGCAGAGCUUGACUGCCUUGCUUGCUCAUCGACUGCUUCCAGUCAGGGAUCAGCUCAUUGCUGGGCCGACUCUCCUCAUUCAGCACCUUCGCAGCCGCCUCGCUCCCCGAUACAGGCAAUCGCUUCAAACCUUGACUUUGAAACGGUU